AUGAUGAGGAAUGGAAGGCAGUGGGUGAUGGAAGAGGAGGAGAAGAGGGAUGAGGAAUGGAAAGCAGUGGAUGAGGGAUGGGAGGUAUGAGGAAUGGAAGGCAGUGGGUGAAGAAAGAGGCGGGGCUGUAAAAUGACAUCACCGAAACCGUCGUCACAAUGAGUCCGUGCGUGUGACGUCAGAUGUGCUUUGUGGAAAGUGGGAAGGGGGGGGAUUGGAGGAGGCCGGACUCAGAGAACAAUCAGUCUCAGCGACCGAGAGGGGAUAGUCGUGUCUGUUGGUUUCAGCGAUUGUACAGUGGGUAUAUCUCAAACAGGAUGGCCCAGGAGACCAAUCAAACACAGGUCCCCAUGCUGUGUACCACUGGCUGUGGUUUCUAUGGCAACCCUCGAACCAAUGGGAUGUGUUCAGUUUGCUACAAGGAGUAUCUACAGAGACAGCAGAACAGUGGAAGGAUGAGCCCACCAGCAGCUAGUGUGGUCAGUAGUAACAACAGUUCAAGUACAGAGUCCAUCCCUGUUCAGUGCACGGAAACAAACCCCGAAAUGUCUGCAGAAGCUUCUGUGAAUGCUACAUCGGCCAAAACUAGCACUCCAGUAACACAGCAGAUGACUGCAAUGAGCAUCUCUCAAGAUGAAUCAAGCACUGAAACUGAGGGUGCUCUAAAAGCUGAAGUUGUCACAGGACCAGUUCCUGUGAAUGUGGAACCUGCAGAAAGUUCCACAGAAGGAGAGGACAAGGUUCUAGAAAAGUCAAAACCCAAAAAGAAUAGAUGCUUCACCUGCAGGAAGAAGGUUGGAUUAACUGGAUUUGAUUGUCGUUGUGGAAAUCUUUUCUGUGGACUUCAUCGCUACUCUGAUAAACACAACUGUCCUUAUGAUUACAAGGCCGAAGCAGCAGAGAAGAUCAGGAAAGAGAAUCCCAUUGUGGUUGCUGAAAAAAUUCAGAAAUUAUGAACUGCUAUAUUGUAGCAAGACAUUCUGUGGGAAAAUCCAACAUGGUAUCUUGAAGAGCCCGGCUUAAGACAAAACCUGUUUUUGUGCAAACAACUAGGCGUAAGGUUGGCAGAUGGUUUAGUCAAUGGCUUUCUGCUGAUGGAAAUUUGCUCUGUGGUACAAUGAAGAAAACUAUAUUAUCAACAAUAGAAACUUAACCAGCAAAGGAACAAGGUGAACCGUACCAUGUGAGCAUUCCUUUUUCAGCAGUGGCCUUUUGACUGUGCCUUCUGUCUUAAUAAUCUACUGAGAUCAAGUCUGCAGGGAACCAGGCCAGUGUACCCAUUUAUGUGCCUGUAGGUACUUAUGCCCCUUUACAGAAACUUGAGUAAUGACCUCAUUGGCAUACUCCUUUUUUUUAAUGAGCUGUGAACUUGUUCUGUGUGUUUGAUCUAGGUGAUAUGUACCUCUUUCCCCUCAGGUAAUUGUCGAUAUAUUGCACGCAUUUGGAGUUGUGCAAUACGCUUGAGAAUGAAUGAUGGUCUUAAAAGCUGCCAUGGUACACAAGAGAUGAUACUGAAAUCAAUCUAGUAAACUGAUUUCAUUUACCUCUGUUAAUUUUAAAAGCUAAAAAUAGCAAAUAUCAUACACUACCCUGUGUAUCAUGGCUGCUUUUAGUUCAAAUAAAGGUGCAUUCACAUAGGUAAGUAUAGAAAUGCUAUUCAUAACACAAUUUCUAAAAAGGUAUUUUUUUAUGGGUAUUUAGGGCAGCAGGAAGUUAGCCAAAGGGGUCAUUACCCAGACAAGUCAGAGGGACAGUAUCUCUUUUUGGUUAGUUUGCUGUGUCCUGGGUUUACUGUGAUGGAUUAUAUCAACACAACACAACCUACCUUUUUAAUAUGUGGAAAUCGCCACACCAUGGCUUUAAAAUGACAGGAAAAAAUAUUCAGGCCUGAAAAUCACACUCUUUCAGUAUUAUUGAAAUGGCCUUUACUGAAUUUUGAAUGAAUAACAUUGGUUCUAUCAGAGCCAGAUUUAUUUUAAAUUGAGCCAAAAUCAGAGCAAGAAAAAGUGAUUCUGUCUCUAAUGAGAUGUGACACUGGUUCGGGUGUGGUCCGGUUCACUGCACACUUCAAGCUGAGCUACGUGCAAAUAAAUUGCAGUGUUGCAGUCUUUUACCAGUUUUUUUUUCUUUUAGUAGCUAUUUCAGCUUUGAUAGUUAUUCACUUUAUAACAAUGUACAGUUUAAACUUGUAAAUGGGUAAGGGAUAUGGUGGAAGACAUAUUGAUGACUGAGUGCUUUGGGUGCUAGUUGUGUGCUUUUACCCUCCAUUAUUUUCUUCCUUUCUCCUUUUAAUGAAAGUAUGAUAUAAAUGAUAAUAUAUUGUAGUUUGCUUGGAGUGUUUUCAGUUAUGUUAGUUUAGCUCUGGAUUUCUGAAGUUUUGACCACAUGUUGUGCACAUGCUCCAAUUGUAGCCUUUCACUGUAUCUUGCACCAAACCAAGAGACUAAUCUGUUAGCGUUUUAUCAGCUGUUGCUUGCUCAUCUUGGUACAUGCAAAUUAUGGGGGAAAUCUAAUUGAAAUGCUGACCCAUCCUCCAACGUUGUGUAUCAAAAUCUGAUCUCUUGUAAUCCCAUUGAGAAUGAUUUGUCAUGUUCGUUGUUUGCCUAAAAGGGAAAUACAUUCUUGUGAAGUGGCCAUAAUUGUUAUAAUUCAAGGAAUCAUGAUGGUUAGCAGGGUAUCCUAGAGGUCCAAGCAACCCAGAGUUCAUAGUGUGGCCAGAACCUCUUAGACAAAAUGGAUGGUCACAUUGGUAAGUGUAUCGAUAUCUUUUCAUCCAAAUUAGGAUUAUGAGGCAAUUGAAUAGAAUAUACUUCUGUUUUAAGCUGCACAAGAUCCAUGUUAUAGCAAACUGAAAAGAUUUUUGUGGUUUGAUCAGAUUCCCUCCUUCACAAGUCUGGCGACUAACUUAAAUUUUAUUGAAUUGAAUGCAUAAAAUGACUUUACAUUUUAUUGGCCUUUCUAUGCUGGAUUCUCAAUGCAUAAUGGAAGAAAUCUAAAUCUGCUGUAUUCGAAUACACCAGCAAUAUCAAAUAGGUGAAACACUUAAUUUUUGGAAAUAAACUAUAGCUCCUAUGCAAUUGAAAUAUGUACUCCAAUCAAAAUGACUUAUUUUAAACUGCCAAAUGCAACCAAUAAAAAGCAGCUUCUUACAAAGUUGGUUAAUGUUAAAUGUAUUUACAGUAUUGUCGGAACGCAUUAAAUCACAUCAGUAUUGCACCUCCCCUUUUCCAAACUGCAACUUUUCAGUCUCAAGGAAUUGCUGUAAAAUAUCACUGCAUAUAUCCCAAUUUAGGUUCUGGUGAUCUGUAAACUUGAAAGGAUCACCUUGGAUAUCAGUUUCUUUGUCAGUCUUUAUUUGGUCCAGUUUCAGAUUUGUCUCCAGAAAUCCUAAGAUGCUUCUACAGAACUUUGUAUCCUGAAUUUAGUGAUGCACAUUUCUGGCUGGAAUGGGGUUAAAUGUGUUUUAAAAGCAACCCCAGUGCACUACUGUUGACAUUUUAGUACUGGUGCACCUUGCAAUAGGGUCAUACUUGUAUUGAGAAUUACAUACAAGUAUGUUGUACCUCCAUAUUUUAAAAAUGCAUCCAGCAUUUGUAAACUAAUUAUGAAGAUGUAAUAUUUUGCAAAAGAAUAUUCAUUUUUUGGGAUGGUGACAGUAUCAAACCAAGCCAACGCUACAGAAAAUUAAAGAAUACAAACCAACCACCAUAUUUUAUGAAAAGUUUUUUUAAAUCUGUGAAUUUGCUUUAAUAUGAGGUUGUCUAUCUUGAAAUAGUCUUUGUACAAGCUUUAAAAGAAGAUUAAACUAGUUUUCUUUGUACUGUA